CAAUUGGCGUUACUCAACACGUAGGCAUUAACACAAAAAAUAUACAAUGAAAACAAACUCGUGGAUGAUGGCAGAAAAAUAUACUUCAGAUAUGUUGGGUGUUGUUAUAGCCCAAAUUGCUCAAACCAUUGGAUAUAGCAGCACCCAGAGUGCACCAUUGGAACUGCUGGAGGACAUUCUGCAACGCUUUAUCCAAGAACUCGCCCGCGAUUUGCACAGCCAAGCCGAGCACGCAAACCGGGUUGAGCUGAAUUUGAAGGAUGCACUUCUGAGCCUAAGCAAUCUCAACAUAAAUGUGAACGAAUUAUUAGACUAUAUUGGGAAUGUGGAGCCGAUUCCUUUCGUGCGGGAUGUGCCCAUCUACCCUGUCAAAAGGAGCUCAAACUUGAAUUUUUUGAAGCCGGGCAGUGUUGAGACGCUGACGAGACCCGUUCACAUAUUCGAGUAUUUGCCGCCAAUGUUACCCACAGAAUCAGCUGCUACAGUUAUCUCCACAGGAUUAAUUGAGAAGUGCGACCACGAACAGAUUCCACCAUCGACAUCAGAGUCGGGCCACAAAACAGCAAUCAAGUUAUUGCCGGAUUUAAAAACGGACAUUGGCAUGCAUAAGUGUUGUAGUCAGAGCGAUUUACCACUGACGCUGAAUUCCUCAUCCAGAGAUAAUUUUGAUCACGACGGGCAUGCGAUUCGAGAAAUCAGUAGUGUCGUUAUGACAACGGGCGGCUUUAUUUCCCCCGCAAUCGAGGGAAAACUACCAGAAGCCUUCGUGCCCGAUAUUAUUGACAAGUUAAAGGGUCUGGAUGCACCACCUUUGUCACCGCCACCUAAAACACCCAAUGAGCCCAAAAAUGUUUUCAAUGAAACCAUCGACGUAUCAAUGGCAAAAAGAAUUACUUUUUCGGAAACGAUUUCACCUACGGCAGAGCAAGGAGUUGCCCAAUGCCAACAAGCAGCCACAGCUAGCGAGAGGAGUGAGGUUAAUAUGGUUUUGGGAGCUGGUGCAACAUCCAUUCCAGUUGUGCCACCAGCAAACACAAAGACAGCCAAGAAGAGCAAAAAGAAAAAAUUAUUGGGUGCUCAGGCAAUUGACCCAGCCAGAGAACUAACUACCAAUAAGGCACAGGAGAAAGCGCACCGCAAAGCCUUGAAAAUCUAUCAGAAAUUGUCCAAGAAUCAAAUGGAAGGUGGCAACAAUCUACAGAAAUCUAUUAAAAAUCUAAAUCGUGGCAUGUUGUCAGCGCUGCCGGACGGAUCUGCGGAGCGGCUUCAACUCGAAAAACUGUUAAAAAAACAAACAAAGCAACGCCAAAAGCAAUUAAAAAACCAAAAACAGCAGCGCCAACAACUGCAACAGGUAUUCAAUCUGCCAGGAGUUUUUCCCAAUGUCCCAAUCCCUUUGGUUUCUGUGGGCAGUAGAGAUUCGGCUCCAGAUUUUGUGCCUUUAGCGACGCAACCGCAACCACAACCCAUGGUACCCACCAAUAUGGCCGAGAAUAUGCUCGGUUUAGUUGGUGGUUUUGGCUCCACGCUGAACGUGGAAAAUAAAGAUACGUUUCCAACCGAUUUUGUGGUGCCCAUCAAAGAUAUUUCGAAUGCGGGCGCUGUGACGAAUCCAAAUACUCUUUCCGACGAAAUCAAACUUGCCAGUGAACCCGAUCGCAACAAAUUAAAUAUAUUCAAGAAAAUCUCCAAGCAGAAAGCGCUAAAUCCAUUGAACAUAGCCAAAACAAUGUUCGAGAAUGCCGGCAAUGGUUCGCCACUGAUUAAUCUGCCAUCGGGCACAACAAUAACACCGGCGCCGGCCUUGAGUGCCACUGAAAGUGUACAGCAUAAUUUCAGCAUGUCCAUGAGUAAUAUCUCCACAUACGAUUCCUUCGGCGGUCUCUCAGAUCCGACUCCAACAGCAACAGCUGACAAUCUGUUGGCCCCUGACGUGAACAAGCCGAAGAAACGCGGUCGCAAACCAGGUGGUAAAAAUCAAGUUAGAUUUCAUGCAGCGACUAGCAUCACAGCAACAUCAACUUUAAUCCAGCAAUCGCCAAAGAAAAUUAAAUCGACAAAAUUAAAUCCAGUUUUUAGCUAUACUCCGGAAACACCUCUGAAUAAAAAUCCAACGAUAUUUCCAAAUAUACCAUUGCCGAUGGAACCACUUAAUUUAAGCAGCGUCGAUCAAUUUAAGGCUGGCUCUCAUUUUACGGAUAAUGUUGGCUUUAUAGGUGAUAUAACUACAGCUGGCGAAGCUGGCAACGGGACAAUCACUGAGAAGUUGCACAAAACCAAGGAGAAAAAGGAACGAAAAAAGUGUAAAUCCAAAUAUCAACUGGAUCACGAAGACAGUGUUCAACUCACAAAUAUGGGAGAUUUCAACAAGAAACUUACCUUCAUAGAGUCCGACAAAAACUCUAAAAAUACAUCGCUACAAGCAAAGCCUGGAAAAGUGCACAUUUCAUCUGCUGACUUGUCAGAUGCUAUAACGAAUCAAGCUCUCGGGUAUGUGACAGGCUCGGCGCCAUCAAAUCUGCCCAAGUCCAGUACAUUGUAUGGUAAUCAGCCAAAUAUGAUGCCAAUGCUGCCGUUACUGCAUUUCCCGCCACGUCCCGGCCUCAUACCUUCGGGUCCAGCUAUUUUUACGUCAACCGCUUUAGCCGGAUUCAGCAAAAAAGUGACGGGCCCCAAUAUUAUUAUGCCGCAGACAUUCAUGUCCUUUCCGAAUGCGAACAUCGGUCACAAAGCACAGAAUAUUGAGAAAGACGAUAAGUCCAUACUCUAUGGUCUCUUGCCUCAUGGCGAUGCACAUUUUGAACGAAGUUAUUGCAAUGUGACUCCCUUGGUGCCAGACUCUAUGAAGUUACCUAAUGCGCUAAUUGAUAGCAACAAAAUCAGGUCACCGGAACGGUUUGCGUUUGAUCCAAAGCCGAGCAAUGAAUGCAGUGGCAAAGACACUGAACACCAAUCACCCAUUUCGGGUUUUAUACCGUUGACCGGUCAGGGAGUUGGACUUUCGGGCAUUGAUGAUGUAUCCACCACUAACCAGGGUUCAAGAUCUACGAAAACGAUCAAACCCACGCCAGCUGCUACUGGAAAUUUGGGUGAUCCCAUUGAGGUGUCGGAUGAUUCCAACGAUGACGACGAAUCUAAGUCAAAAUCGAAAAACAACAAACAAAUCGGCGCGUUUCCAUAUGCACAUGGCCUAAAGUCAAAUCUGAUUCAACCCUCAAAUAUAUCGAAUUCCGGAUUACGACAACUAAAUGAAAGUGCACAUUCAUCCUUGCUAAAUGCCAAUCAAAUGAUAAAUUCGCCCAUUUCGGACUCGAAGCAAUUUAAGAAAGAUGCCAAAGCAGGUGCCACAAAAUUGAAUCAAACUGAUAGCAAAGUUUUGGCACUAGCUGCUGGAUCACCACACUCACAGUCACAGACACAUCCAAACACACACCCGCACACCACACACACUUCACCGUUUAACAUUAAUUUCAUGAGCAGUGACAAAUUUAGCCUUGCGGGCGGUGCUGAUCUGAUUCCCUUGUCACGCGUCGAUAGUGGCUUGGCAUACUCAUCACUCACUGUUCCAGCCACAAGUCUGACGGCAGGUGCCACAUCUGGUUCCAUGCCGAGCAGUGCGGCUCCUCACGCUGAAGAUCAGAGUUUUAUGAGUAAUUUUGUUGGUUCUGUGAAUUAUGAUGAUAUCACGAUAACACCCACAAACAAUAUGCAGAUCAGUGAAUUAAAGCUGCACAAGCUGCAUAAGAAGAUUAAAAAGCCCAAGGAUGGCAAAAUCAAAAAGAAAAAGGACAAAAAGGAUAAGACGAGAAGCAAGGAGAAAAGUGAAGAAAAGCAUCUACUCAAUAUUGAGAAAAUCAAAAGCCAAGAUAAAAAGCCCAAAAAGGAUAAGAAAAAAGAAAAACAGGUGACACCAGACGGGUUACAUAUUUUUCCAGAAAAUCUAAUUGGCAGCACAGAUCAAGCAAAAAAUCUUCCUCCCGUUUCCAUCGAAGUCGGAGUUGCUGCAGACUAUAUUUCGGCAAAUAAGUCGCAGGCACAAAUGCCGCACCUGAUAGUAUCGCCCAAGCUAGAUCUUUCACCCAAUCAGGUGCCGAAACUAACGCUUAAGCUCAGUGGAAAGUCAACACCCACAGCUACCCCAUUUGAAGGCGAUCAUGAUCAUACAGCAAUAAAAACAGAACCUACGACGACAAUUCAGACACCGACGACCCAGACUAAAAAGGAACAAUCCCCCGAAUUAGCUCGAUUUUCACCACUUGUUACCGGACCCCCAAAGCCCAAACAAUGUGAAACGAUAACAAUGAACUUAUCAGCCGCGGCGCCAUGCUCCCCUUCCGUUUUCGCACCUAUUAGUAAUACGCAGCCAAUGCCAAUGUCGAUUAUAGGUAUGCAGUCAGCUGGAUUGAAUGUCCAUUCAAGUAACUGGAUACCCAAUUCUGGUAGCGCUGCUUCUGCCACAUUAUCGGCCAGUUCGGUUUUGCUGCCACAACAACUGAUGCACCAACCAUCAAAGCAGAUGCCAAAAAUGUCAGCAGUAUCGACACCAACUGUGGCAUCCUCCGAAGGAGCACAAUUAUUGCCCACAACUCCCGAAUUAAAUAGACCCUCUUCAUAUGUUGAUGCCGAGGGCUAUCGCAUCUGGAUUUGUCCGGCGUGUGGCAAAGUUGACGACGGCUCGGCAAUGAUCGGUUGCGAUGGCUGUGAUGCAUGGUAUCAUUGGACUUGUGUGGGCAUACAUGUGGCUCCCAACGACAAUGAGGAUUGGUUCUGUCGCGUUUGUAUAACAAAAAAAAAAGGUAGUGGAUUAGACAAAAAGAAGAAGCGAAACAAAAAGAAGUGAACAUUAUGGCAAUUAAAAGCCUGACUUAUCACAAUGAGAGGUUUGGAUAUUUGGCGUCUUUUAACAGAACUUUUUAAUUGUACUUUUUUUUCAAAGAGUACUUGUAAUUAUCAAGUAAUAAUAUUGGUUAUGUAAUAAAGUGUUAUUUACGAAUAAAAACAUAAACGUUGUAACAUUGUA